GAGUUAAGAAUUUAUAAUAUAUCAGAUGACAAGCACUGAUCAGACCACCGGAACUAAGAAGGUUUGUGUCAUCGGUGGCACAGGAAACUUAGCCUCUAUUCUCAUCGAUCGUUUGCUUCAAAGUGGCUACGAAGUUAACACCACCGUUAGAGAUCCAGAAAAUGAGAAGAAAAUGGCAGUCCUUAGGGUACUUCAAGAGCAAGGGGACCUUAACAUCUUCAAGGCGGACUUGACCGAUGAAGGGAGUUUCAAUUCACCAGUCUCGGGGUGUGAAUAUGUUUUCCAUGUCGCAACGCCAAUCAGCUUUACAUCUCAAGAUCCAGAGAAAGACAUGAUCAAUCCAGCGAUACAAGGAGUGAUCAACGUGUUGAAAUCUUGCUUAAAUUCGAACUCAGUCAAGCGCGUGAUCUACACUUCUUCAGCUGCCGCGGUUUCUAUCAACAAUCUUUCAGGACCUGGACUUGUGAUGACCGAAGAAAACUGGUCUGAUAUUGAUUUUCUCAGAAAGGAGAAGCCGUUUAACUGGGCCUACCCAAUCUCAAAGGUGUUAGCAGAAAAGGCAGCUUAUCAAUUUGCGCAAGAGAAUAAUAUCGAUCUCGUUACCGUGGUUCCAGCACUCAUAGCUGGAAACACUCUCAUCGAUGAUCCUCCUCCGAGCAGUUUAUCUCUCUCGAUGUCUUUGAUUACCCGGAAAGAAAUGCAUCUGAACGCUCUCAAGGAAAUGCAGAAGCUAUCU